UUUCUAUCCACGGAGGUCUGAUCCCUCAAAGCAGAUCAAGUUCCUGGUGGAUCUCCUGUCUCAAGCAGCAGAGUGGGAGGAGCAGACAGGAGAGAAGACACUGAAGCUGGUAUCAUCAGUGUGUACUUACAGCACCUUUCCUUUUCUCAAUGGAGACAUUUACAGAGACAAUUCUAAACAGAGUGUUUUCCUGCUGGAUCUGUACUCACAGAAGAAACCAGUGGAGCUGAAGGACUGGUCAGAUGAAGAGAGUGAAGUGAGGAGUUUCCUUCAUUGUCUGCCCUACAUCUCACAUCUGAGUUUCUGUCCAUGGGGGUCUGAUCCCUCAAAGCAGAUCAAGGUCCUGGUGGAUCUCCUGUCUCAAGCAGCAGAGUGGGAGGAGCAGACAGGAGAGAAGACACUGAAGCUGGUAUCAUCAUUGUGUACUUACAGCACCUUUCCUUUUCUCAAUGGAGACACUUCUAAACACAGUGAUUUCCUGCUGGAUCUGUUCUCAUAUGUGAAGGACUAUGAGACUCAAACAGGCAGGAGUGUCCUUCCAGCAUUGCAGCCAGUUUACCAGUCAGCCAGUCCUGCAGUCUGGUCCAUAGACCUCAGAAAGAGAAAGGCCUCCCUCCUCCUAGAAGUGCUGAAACUCCAACCAGAGAAGAAACCAGUAAAGCUGAGCGGCUGGUCAGUUGAAGAGAGUAAAGUGAGGAGUUUCCUUCAGUGUCUGCCCUACAUCUCACAGCUGAGACCGAACUCAGGCAUUCUGCAACAGCUGACUGUAGUUGUGUAUGAAGCUCAGGACAAGGACUUGACUCAGUGGUUCCUGGAGAAGGUUGGUGGAGACCUGACCUCCUGCAGGCUGGACUGGGAAGUGCUUCUCUCUCUGCUGCAGCAUUCAACCCACAACAUCACUGUGGACCUCAGGAAGAACAGGUUUCUAGAGAAGAACAUCUCAGAUCUUCUCCCCUUUCUGGGAAGGGUUACUCUCAAGAGCCCCAGCAAAGCUCUGCUACUUCAGCUGCUGGACCUUGUGUGUGAGGGGAUUGAAGAGGGGCUGCUGAGGCACACAGAGUCCCUGUGCAGAGCCCUGGAUGGGGAGCUGGACCUCAGUGAGACCAGGCUGGACCAGAAGGUCUGUGGAUCUCUGGCCCUGGUUCUGGAACACUCAGAGGGUCUGUCAAAACUGGACCUCAGCCACUGUCAACUCACAGACCACCACCUACAGCCCCUGAUCACACACCUGCAUAAAGUACAAGUCCUGGACCUGAGCCACAAUUACAUCACUGAUGCUCUGACUGACAGAAUACUCCAACUGGUCUCUACCAACACUUCAAUACACACCGUACGACUCUUCAACAACAGAAUCAUGAACAGAACCGCUUUCCUGACAGAGGAGAGGUUUGAGAUCUGAUUAAACAUCAGGUCUUAGUCCAGGAAGAGGAAGAGAUGGCUGUUAGGUCUUAGUCCAAAUCCAAAUAAAAUGUUAUUGGUUACAUACACAUGGUUAGCAGAUGUUAUUGCAAGUGUAGCGA